UACAAGCAUGUGACUAUUGGAAAUCUGUUUUAGCCUAUAUUGGCCAACAUUCAAAUCCCUUGAUUGUGGCAACUUUGAUAGCUUGUGUUUUACGUUAGGCUAUGAAUGAAGCCCCAUUGAACUUCCCUUUAGGAAGAAUUCAGUUAUUCCAUUCUGUUUGUAGCCAGUGGCAAUUAGGUCAGUUUACAUACUCUAUUCUAUAAUCUAUUAUUUUCUAUUCCAUAUUCUAUAGACCUAUGCUUAUUUAAAACCCUACAAUGCACGGAUUUAUUAUGGUAUUGCAUUCUAUGCACAGGCCUUGGUUAUCCAGUCAUCAGACUGCCUCCAGUGACAUCUAGACACACCGCUACUUCCUCACUCUGGCUGGUUGGGAAUCACACAGUGAGCUUGGUAUGCAAACACAACCGUGGACAAACAGAUCCCCGAAAUAAUACCUGGAAUAUCCACCCCCAUAGCUUUGCCUGAGACUGGAUAUAGGCUUCAGCUAGGGUCUCUGGAGCAUUGACAUGGACAGUAGCCUAGGCUAGAUUGUACCCUACUAUGGUAACUACUAGUCAUCAUAAUGUCUAUUGUAUUGUUUACUGUGGAUAUUUCACAUCAGGUGCUUUUGGAUAAACACAAAUAUGUUUAAUUACAUGGACAGUCUAUUGUACAGAAGCCAUUACUGUAAAGAACUAAUAGAGGGUUGUAGGUUAGAUAUUUCACAUCAGGUGCUUUUGCAUUAAAUAUCAACUGAUUUAUUCCAGAUUCAAUGAAUAGAUCCCUCCAUUUUGCCUUAUGGUAGGAUCAUUGCUUAUUUUAGUCUUACAGGCAUCAUUUCACCCGAUAUGUCAGUAAUGGUAAAUGGAAUGGAGAACAGUAAAAUAGAAUCUACACGAUUAUUUGAUGCAGAAGUGCGUUAGACAACAUCACUUCUGUCGCUCUCACAAUAGGCUUUCAAGACCAAGUAGUGUCGCUGUUCUUAUUUCUCGCAUCAUUAUGCUCAAAUAAGAAGGCCUUGUAUAGUUCACAUUUGCUAGAAAGGCCUAUUGCCUAAGAGAGAACGAAAUGGUUUCAUCUUACGUGGUUUGGUCGCGCGGCUCAGAACCCGACUGGUGCAGGUUCCAUUGCAUUGAGAAGCUUUCGUAGAACAAACGCCCGAAAGAACGUCUCACAGCAACGCAUGAACAGCAGUUUACAAUUGCCCUGCGGAAAUCUACCAACGGGUCUUCGUUGUGAUGUCUUUAUAACGGUCUAUUAAUGACUCCCUAGAAAAAUUCAAAGCACGCUUUACUCCCCAGAAUGCUAUCAUUUGUGAAUGACAGCCUAGGUCUACACUGUUGUUUUGAAAUCACACAACUGUAAAAUGUGAUAGACCUAUGGCAAAAAUUCUGAAGGUUAAUUUUGUUUUCACUCCUCUCCUUAUCUCGUUUUGUGUUUUUGAAGGAAGCUAAACGAAAUAAAUGUUGCCGCUGAUGAAAUUGCAGCGCGAGCAGCACCAUCACAGACCCUGACUCAUUCCACCGCCCAGCCCGCAUCAGCACCUCUACUACCGUAAACAUCAAUAUCGACGCGCACAAACACUUUAUCCGCAUAUCUAAAAAAAACAACAAUAAAACCAUUAGAGCAAUGACAUGUAGAUCAAUGUUCUUGUUCUUAAGUCGUUUUAUGAAAUGUAAUUCAUUUGACCUAUUGGCUACCAUUUUUGGUCGGUUAUUGAAAUAACCUCUCACCAAUAGUAUUUUAUAGCCUAUCCAACAAUAUUAGUAAGCUAAAAGGCAAAAAUAUAGAUAGGGCCACUGCCACUAAAUAUUCAAGUUUUAGACCCUAUAUACUGCGUACCAGACAUGACACAUAUUUUGGACUUUAACUGAUAUAACGAUUUAUAAUCGUGGGUGUAAAACUGACAAUAUUGUAUGCGCGUAAAGAUACAUAACAUUGUAUGUUUGGUUACCACAGCUGCUUGUGCGUUGAUCCGGAUACAGUGUAUCAAAUACGCUGGAUAUGUAGUUCGUUUCCUUUCCCCCAGCAGCAAAGUGGUGGACAGAAAGUACAGUGAACUAUUGACUUACUGUAUGUACACAACUUUAUCAGUAAACGAAAGGGCUGUGGUUUCCUAAUCUCCAAACAGCUGACGGUCAGAUGCAGAAGCUUCAUGCGCAGAUUAAUGGCAACGGCUUCCAGGCGAGAUGUGCGCGCACACACACCGUAGACUGUUUGACCAAAAUUGACAGUUUGUGGAUGAAAUGCGCUGACUACUCUUUUUAGAAGUUCUCAUUUUUUUGCUCUGGAUGGAAUGAAGGUUGGUAGGAGAAAGAACGAGAGAGAAAUAAUGAACGUUUGGUAAGAGAGAAGGGUCGCCCAAAGUAUACAUUGCAUGACUCUGAUAUAAGGACAUGUAUGGAAUAUAACAAUUGCAAGAAAGGAAGACCAUUUCGGAACAUUUUUGUGCAUGCACAUUUUGAAUAAAAGAGGGAGAAGUUCCGCUUAUUUUCUGUCUUCAUAAAUUCAUUAAUAUGGUUUUCUCCUGCUACUAAGAUUUUGACAACCAUUCACCUUUGACAUACAGGCAACUUCAGGUAACGGGAAAAUAGAACUGCUGAAAAGUGGACCCAUAUGAAAUAGAAAACUGAAAAAAGAGGACACUGACUUUUGUAAUAUUAUUUUCACGUAGAAUAUUACAUUCUAAGUGAACAACUAAGUUGUAGCCUAUAUAUUUUUCUAUAUCAAGCCAUAACCCAACCAUGCAGCAGGAACGCUUGCUGAAGGUUCUAGUCAUCGGUGACCUAGGGGUCGGGAAGACGUCCAUAAUAAAGCGUUAUGUCCAUCAGAUAUUCGCCCAACAUUACAGAGCCACCGUCGGAGUCGACUUCGCCCUCAAACUCCUCAAUUGGGAUCACAAGACGGUCGUGCGACUGCAGCUGUGGGACAUCGCAGGCCAGGAGCGCUAUGGCAACAUGACGCGGGUUUACUACCGCGAGGCUGUAGGAGCGUUGGUGAUCUAUGACAUGACGCGGGCCUCUACCUUCCAGGCUGUCCUCAAGUGGAAGGGAGACCUCGACUCCAAGGUUGCUCUGGGUAACGGGAGGCCAGUUCCGGCCGUCUUAUUGGGUAAUAAAUGUGACCAGCUGAGUACGGGUCUCUGUUCCAAACUGCCCAAACUGGAGAACUUCACUAGAGACCACGGCUUUGUAGGGUGGUACGAGACCUCCGCCAAGGACAACAUCAACAUCGACGCGGCCAUCAUGUGUUUGGUAGAGAGCAUCAUGGCUGUAGAAGAGGAGAGGCCGCCAGCUGGAGAUCCUAGAGACCCUAGUGUCCUGGUCUCACCACGCUUUGACUACAAUAGGACAGGGAUGGAUGGACUGCCUGGGUGCGAUGGGUGUAAAAAGCGACCUCUGCCUGGCCGAAGGGAGAUGGGGGAUAUUUGA